AUGUAUCCAUUAUUUGUACCGUUGACGCUAUUAUCUGCUGUGUUCAGCAAAGCCGUAGCCUACCCCAAGUCCGUACCCGGUCCACAUACCAGAAAGCUUGUUACAGUCGACAUCCAAAUCGCACCAAGCAUUCCUCACGUCAUGACCAAGGGCUCAGCUACAACUUCACCAGCAACAGAGCGCGUGUCUUACUUUGUAGCGGAUGGUCUCGCCAUCACCAACGGCGACAUCAUUUACAGCACCGAAGACGACAUCAUUCGCCACAUGAACGCACAGAAGCGCUCACUCUCCUAUUUCAAAUGGGACAACCAAUCCCUCUGGCCUGCCGGCCGCAUCGAGUACAAAUGGCAGUCUGAGCAUGCGAAGGGACUUGGCAGGUUAGAAGCGUGGCAAAAGGCGACGAAGAGGUGGACGAACAUGUUGCCUUUUCUGCAGUUCAUUGAACAUCCUGCCAAUGAUAUAUUGACGAAUGAUAUUGUCACUUUGGUCCCGACCGAGGGACAGGGUGCGUGCUUUAGUCCGAUUGGCAGGGCGCAAGGGAAAAAGGCCAAUCGGAUCAUGCUCGAUGACGAUUGCGGCGGUGUCGGUACUUAUACUCACGAACUUGGUCAUACCCUUGGACUGUAUCACGAGCACACGCGUCCCGAUCGCGAUGACUACGUUAUCAUCAACUGCAACAACGUUAUGGAAUCGUCUGACGGAACUGAGGCAGACUGGUCGGGCCCGUAUGACUCGCUUUCCAUAAUGCACUACAGCCCGGACGAGUUCGCAAAUGGAAACGGACCAGCUAUCGAAGCAAGAUCCGGCGUGGCUACCCCCCGGCGUCAUACGUUUCCCACAGCGCAAGACGCUAAGAGGAUUUGUCGCUUGUACGAAGAGCAGUGCAAUGGCGUAUGCGGAGAUGGCGUGACUGAUCCUGGAAAUGGAGAAGAGUGCGACGAUGGAAACAACUUUGACGGGGAUGGAUGCAGCUCUAGCUGCACCAACGGCAAAGGCUCCAUUUGCCAAUAUGCCUCAUCCUUACUCGAAGGGAGGGGUCUCAAGGUCGGCAAAUUCACGUCACCGCAUCUAGUUGAUAGAUGGGAUUGCAUAUCCAUCAACGGGAAGCCCGUUGAAGAGAAGACGUUUCGCAAGGUCGAAAAGCACUUUCUCAAGAUCAAUGCGAGCCGCGAAAUCGGUGCUUCUCCCUUCGAAAUCUUGACCGCCAUAGCUUUCACAAUCUUCAACGACGCCAAUGUCGACGUCGGCGUGGUUGAGGUAGGCAUGGGCGGUAGGCUCGACUCAACCAAUAUCCUCAACAACCAAGCCAUUUCCGUCAUCUCAAAAAUCGCUCGGGACCAUGAAAGCUUCCUCGGAAACACCCUUGCAGAGAUUGCUUUCCAUAAAGCGGGCAUUUUAAGGCCCAACGUCCCCUACCUCAUCAACCCAGCAAACCAGGCAGGGGUCGUCAACGUCAUCAAAGACUACGCCACGGAGAUCGGAGCAGGUCCCUAUCUCUCCAGUCGCAGUUUCAACCUCGAAAACAAGUUGUAUGGUUCAUCGAAAUGGAAUCGCAUCCGCAGGGCCAUGGCGUCCUUCCAAGAAGAAAAUGUGAAAAUGGCCGUGGUUGCAGUCAUGCAAACAUUGGCGAGCAUGGAGCAGGCCGUGGAACCCGUAGAUAUUGCCAACUCGCUGCUAGCCAAUGUGAAAGUACACCAUGGGCGUUUAGAGAACGUUCAAGUUCCUCCAAUCUUUAGCGAUCCAGCCGAGGGGAGGAAUGGCAUCUUGGUAGACGGAGCUCACAACCCCGAUGCUGCUAUAGCACUGGAUGACUUCGUCCGAGACAACUUGAGGCUAGGGAACACACCCAGCAAAGACCGCCCACAAUCUGGAUGGCCUGUCACGUGGGUCCUAGCCAUGAGCGAAGGUAAAGACGCGCGCGAAUAUCUUGCCAAACUGCUCAAGCCGGAUGACAAGGUUGUCACUACCACGUUCGGCCCAGUCGACGGUAUGCCCUGGGUCAAGCCCAUGGAUCCUAGGAUAUUGCUCGAAAUCGCCAAGUCUGCCGAGCCACAGAUCACCGGUGUACAUGUACCUAUUCCUGGCGCGCUUCGAGCGCUUAGUGCAGCAAAGUACAUGUCGCAGCAGCUGGCCCCUUGGGCACCUAUUGUUCUGACCGGCAGUCUCUAUCUCGCGGGCGACUUUCAUCGCGAAUUGCGGCCACGGUGUUCCAAAACAUGGUGCUCGGAUAAUAAUGAGGUGACCGCAGCCGACAGAGAGGCGCUACUCAAGAUGCAGGCUCAGGAGUGUGAGCGUGUCAGCGCUGUCCUAAACUCUGGAUUCGGGCUUGGCAACCUUGAGACCGAGGAACAAAGCAGACAGCAAGACGAGAUCGAUGUCUUCAUCCGCAAAGUCUAG